GGGCGAGCAGACCUCGAGCAGCCGCCGCAGCCGUCGCGACCGCAGCAGCGGAGUUCAGAGGCCCUGGAGGUGGGUGACUUCCCACACGGUGACUGAGAUGUCGUCCACCGCGGCUUUUUACCUUCUCUCCACCCUAGGAGGGUACUUGGUGACCUCAUUCUUGUUGCUUAAAUACCCGACUUUGCUGCACCAGAGAAAGAAGCAGCGAUUCCUCAGUAAACACAUCUCUCACCGUGGAGGUGCUGGAGAAAAUUUGGAGAAUACAAUGGAAGCCUUUCAGCACCCGGGAGAAUUUGAACUAAGUUUUUGUUCUGCUUCUCACCAAAGACUUAUAAAAAGGCUUAGAGAUUAUUUUUCCUGUUAUCAGACUCGAAGUGCAGUCACAAUUGGAACUGAUAUGUUGGAACUGGACUGCCAUAUCACAAAAGAUGAACAAGUUGUAGUAUCACAUGAUGAGAACCUGAAGAGAUCAACUGGGGUCAAUGUAAACAUCUCUGAUCUCAAAUAUUGUGAGCUCCCGUCUUACCUUGGUAAACUGGACGUCCCAUUUCAAAGAGCAUGCCAGUGUGAAGGAAAAGAUAACCGAAUUCCAUUACUGAAGGAAGUUUUUGAUGCCUUUCCUAAUACCCCCAUUAACAUCGAUAUCAAAGUCAACAACAAUGUGCUGAUUAAGAAGGUUUCAGAAUUGGUGAAGCAGUAUAAGCGAGAACACUUAACAGUGUGGGGUAAUGCCAGUUAUGAAAUUGUAGAAAAGUGCUACAAAGAGAAUUCAGAUAUUCCUAUACUCUUCAGUCUACAACGUGUUCUGCUUAUUCUUGGCCUUUUCUUCACUGGCCUCUUACCUUUUGUGCCCAUUCGAGAACAAUUUUUUGAAAUCCCAAUGCCUUCUAUCAUACUGAAUUUUCGGCAGACACAACAUCUUUGUUUGUAUGUGGUGCUGAGGAUCGAACGCGGGCCGCACGCAUGCCAGGCUAAAGGAACCACACACCAUGUCCAGAAGUCAAAAGUUUCUCAUCUGGCUUUCCGAUAUGUGUAUGUUUGGGUAUUAAAUGAAGAACAAGAGUACAAAAGAGCUUUCGAUUUGGGAGCAACUGGAGUGAUGACAGAUUAUCCAACAAAGCUCAAGGAUUUUUUACAUAAUUUUUCAGCAUAGAAAAAGGAAGUAUUCAAAGAAAACACAAAAAGACCUAAGAAAAUAAAAUUUCACCGUCAUUUCCCUAAGAUAUUUCCAGAAUGGUAAAAGUUUUAAUCAGUUAAGUGUUUAUUACCUCAUUUUUAAGCCUGUAUGAGAAUGUAGAAACAAUAUAUUGUAUAUUUAUUUCAAACAAUAUUGCAUAUUUCACAUUUAUAAAUUGUUUAGAAAGAUAACUUGUUUUGAGAUGUAAGUAGAUUAUUAAGAUGUCUGUAUAUACCAUUGUGGUGGAACACUCCUGUAAUCCCAGCAGCUCGGGAGGCUGAGGCAGGAGAAUCACAAGUUUGAGGCCAGCCUCAGCAAUUUAGCAAGGCCUUAAGCAAUUUAGUGAGACCUUCUCAAAAUUAAAAAAAAAAAAAAAGUCUGUAUAUGAUGCUGUAUUCUACUAGUCUAAGUAAUUUUGAAAUCAAAGGCUAUUGGAUAAACUUGUCAUUAGCUCUCACUGGAAUAAGAUCAACUAAUUUAGUAAAAGAAAAUUAUUGAAGGUCAUUAGAGCUGUUUCGCAUUGUUUCAUUAUCUCUAGAUACAUCUUAGUGAAAAGGGAAAAAUACAAUGGAAGAAGAGCUUGAAAAUCAAUGUCAUAAUUAUCUGGCAAGUUAUGCAUCAUUAAUAGAAGGCAAGCUCAAAGAAAUACUUUAUCAGAAACAAAAUCUGUAGACUAAUUAGAUUUCUCAGUUGCUGUUGUUAUGGGGAUAUUGUACUUGUAAUCUUUUUCAGGUGUGUAACAAUGCUACCAUGUCUUUUUUAAUACAUGAAAAAUAGACUUUUAGGGCUAGGGCUGGGGCUAGGGCUGAGUGGCAGAGUGCUUGCCUGGUAUGUGUGAGGCACUGGGUUUGAUCCUCAGCACCACAUACAAAAAUAAGCAAAUAAAAUAAAGUCAUGUUCUCCAUCUACAACUACCAAAAAAUUUUAAAAAAUACUUUUGGUUUUAAAUUAAAACAAGAUCCAAAUAAUCAUGUUUUUAUGUUUCCUCUAAAGAAAUCUAAGAUUUUCAUUUUCUGUCAUUGACUUGACUGUUUGAACCUAUAUCUAGAUUUUAAAUAAUAUCUUGAAUCCUAAUAAUCAUAUGAAACUGAUGAAAGUACAUAUCAUUGUUUCUAAUACAUACAGUAUGAACCAUCUGUUGCUGAUCCUUAAGGAUUCCUUCUUGGGCUGGGUAUGUGGUUCAGAGGUAGAGCACUUGCCUAGCAUGUGCAAGCAAGGCCCUGGGUUCAAUCUCUAGCAUGGAAAAAAAAAAAAAAUCAUUCUUUAGAGUAUGAAGUAGAAAGAGAAUGUAAUUUUCCAAACAUUAGACAUCACUUUCUCAGCUGUUCUGAUGUGACUUCGUGUAAUCUAUCUCUAAUAUUUUUAACUAAUUUUAUGAUCUCAGAUUGGAAGAUAAAUAUAAUCUGGAGUAAUAAAUGUCUUUUACCUAGAUUAUGCCUCUCAUUUGGAAUUUGCCAACGAUGUAGCUAUAAAGGAUGACCAUACUCUCAUCUGUUCCUGGAUGACAUAAAUAUCAUUUGCUUUGUUGUUUAAACUGAAAUAAAGUUUUCCAAGAACAAAAUAA